AUGGACGCCGACGGUGGCAAGCGGAAGCACAGCUUCAGACAGCAGCCGAACAAGCGCGCAAAGGUCGAGGAUGGCAGCGCGCUCAAAACGGGCUUUGGCGCGAAGAUGCUUGCCAAGAUGGGAUACAAGGGCGAAGGUGGUCUGGGAAAGGAAGGGGCCGGUAUCUCAGAGCCCAUCCAGGUCGUCAAUCGCGGCACAAAGGGAGGCAUCGGUUCCGUGGCGGAAAAGAGUGAACAGCAGAAGCGCGAGGAGCGGCGCAAGGCUGAGGAGAAUGGCGAAAGGUAUGUUGACACGUCUGAGGAAGAGCGCGAGGAGAGGAAGAAAAGAAAAGCAAAGGCUAGAGGCGAGGCACGCACCGCAACUCCCCGACCCAAGAAGACGUUGUACGAGUUGGAAGCCGCUGGAAUGCAUGUACCCCCCGUACUGCAGUCCAUCAUCGACGCCACGACAGGGGCAUCUACUCCUGCUUCUGGCGUAUCACUUCGCGGACCCGACAUUGUUCCGUUUGAAAAUUCGCUACAAGCACGGGAUGCGCUUGAAGAUAUGGCAGCAGCCUUUGCGGAACUGGCCAACAUCAUACAGCCUCGAAGCAGAAGAAUCGUGUCUCAGGCCUACACCCAUCCUUCAGAAGCAUUGGUCAAUCAGAAGACAGUUGAAGAGGAAGAUACAAUCAAGCGUGGAACUACAUCGGCCUACGAAUCUAUGAUGCUGAAACUGUGGCUUCCUGCCGUCAGCUCAGCAGUGACACAAUGGGAUGUGAAGCAUCCGCGGCCCUUGUUGCGUUUGGUAGAAGUGUGGACACCGGUGCUUCCACCUUUUGUAGGCAAACGAGUGCUUGAACAAGUUACGCGGAAGCUGUCGACUUCUAUUCAUGAGUGGAAUCCCCGAAAGUUCAAGAAGAGCCCACACACAUGGGUUAUGGAGUGGCUUCCGUUCCUCGGGCCUGCAGAUCUGGAUCCCAAAGGAUCUGGGCUUGUUGCUGAAAUCAAGCGCAAGAUUCGUCACGCACUGCACUCAAUUGAUCUCUCCAAGGGGCCACUGCCCGGAAUGGAGCAAUGGCGAAGGCUUUUUGGCAAGGGCGAGUUUGAUCACUUGCUUACCUCGCAUCUACUACCACGCUUGGCAGCCCAUCUACGAGACUACUUUGAAAUUGACCCUAACGAACAGCAAGACGUGGCACCACUGAAGGCUGUGUUUGCAUGGAAAGGGCUGUUAUCGAAUGAGGUCAUUGGGGAGUUAUUGCGGGCGCAUUUCUUUCCCAGGUUUCUUGCAAUUCUUCAUCAAUGGGUGUCGAGCGAAGGGAUGGUGUUUGAGGAAGUCCGGGCUUGGCUUGCGUGGUGGAGGAACGACGUGCAAAAUGAACUGAGCAAUGUGUCCUCUGUGGAGUCGGGCUGGAAGGAAGCAUACACGCUUGUUUACCAGGCAAAGAAACUUGGCGAGGCGAGGUUAACAGAUCUCCCGACGCCUCAAAUGGAGAGUACUGGACCCUCUGUAGAGACGGUACGACCGGCCCAGCCAGUCAACAAGGAGCCAGCACCAUCUGCGCCGCCAGUACGAGAACGAACGUUCAAGGACACGGUGGAGCGAUUUUGUGAAGAGGAGAGUCUGCUCUUGAUUCCGCUGCGUGAAGCACACGACCAGACGGCCCUGCCGCUCUUCCGCAUCACGGCAAGCGCGACGGGACGUGGAGGUGCGGUGGUCUAUCUCAAGGAUGAUAGUGUGUGGGUGCAGAACAAGAAGGAUAAGAGCGUGUGGGAUCCGAUAGAGCUGGGCGAAGUGCUCAUUGCCAAGGCCGAGGGCCAGUGA